CUGGAGAGGGAGGGGGCUGGGGAGAGGCGCGUGUUGAAAAGGGCGAGUGCUUGCAAAGUUUGCAGCAGAUCGUCUCCCGGAGAGGUGCGGGUCAGGACCUGCUUCUUGCGGUAAAGCGCGCGCCCCACGCGAACGCCACGAGCGCCGCACACUGCCAACUUUUUGCUUCCCUCACCAACCCCCCUCUCUCUCUCUCUCUCACACACACACACUCUCUCUCUCUUUCUCUCGCUGAGUUCCCUUUACCUCGCCGUGCAAACACAGAUGGAGCGGGCAGCAGCCGCACAACUGAUGCAGACCUCCUGUCAGUUUCUGCUGGAGAGCCGGCCGGCGCCGUACAGUGACGGCUCGCCUGCGUCGUCGCCCGAGAGCGGCAGCAGCGGCGGCGGCGGAGGCGGCGGCAAGGGCUGCAAGGCGCUGAAGCGGCCGAGGUCGAGCUCGCCCGAGCUGCUGCGCUGCAAGAGGCGCCUGAGCUUCACGGGUCUGGGCUACUCGCUGCCUCAGCAGCAGCCGGCGGCCGUUGCCAGGCGCAACGAGCGCGAGAGGAACCGCGUGAAGCUGGUGAACGCGGGCUUCCAGACCCUGCGCCAGCACGUGCCCAAUGGCGCGUCCAACAAGAAGAUGAGCAAAGUGGAGACGCUGCGUUCCGCCGUCGAGUACAUCCGCGCUCUGCAGCAGCUGCUCGACGAGCACGACGCCGUGUCGGCCGCUUUCCAGUGCGGGCUGCCGUCGCCCACGCUGUCGCCUGCCUACUCCGCCGACCUCAACUCGAUUCCGCCGUCGCCGCUCUCCACCUACUCCUCGGACGAAGGCAGCUAUGAGGCGCUGAGCCCGGAGGAGCAGGAGCUCCUCGACUUCACCAGCUGGUUUGACAGAUACUGAGCUGCGAAUGGCUAGCAGAUGUUGAAUGGGAGCAGUGCCAGUGCCGGGGCUACCCAGGGGAGGCACGCAGCGGGGCAGCGCGUCUCUCCGUUCACCGCCGCUUCGUUUCUCUGCCAGCCCUCCCAUCCUGAGCGCUGGGACACCGGGGACCACACGACUACUCAGGAACACACUUGAAACAAUGCUUCCAAGAGAAAGCCCUCGAACAAUUCUAACUGAAGUGCAAUUAUGAUAGUGACUCCUCGCAAUCUCCCCGCCACUGGAGGGGGCGGUGGAGAGAGAGACUACUGAUAGGGCUCCGUCCCUAUACGAUGCUUGUCUGAAGAGUAUCCAACCUUUCUGUCUAGCUAAUAUAGCUGUUAAAGGGUGUGGUGUUAAAGGGAAUAUCUCUGUGGCUUCCGUCUGUCACAUACUUGUAUACUGUGUCGCCUUUGGGUCAAUUAAUAGAAAACUAACUUUAUACUGGGUUUUAGAGUGGAGAAUGAAACUUGAUGCUUCGCUACUUUGAAAGGAAUUUUGUAUUGAAUUGAUGUAAGCAUUUCUAUUUUGUAUCUAUUCUUACUAUAAGGAUUAUAUGAAGACUUAUUUUUGUAUAUACGUGAAAGCAGAAUUAAAGAGUUCUAAAACAGACAGACCUUAACAUGACUUACUGUACGACUGCCACUAGCACAGUGUCAAAGAUGCAAGAAUGAGACAAUGCUUUACUCCUUUAAGAAGAGUAGUUUCAUAUUGCUGAUUACGCUUACUUAUAGUGUGCCUUGAAUUUCGUUUGUAAUCUAGUUCUGCAGAAUUAUUCCUCAACUUUCCGGUCUGAUUGAAGGUUGUUUUGAUGCAUGGGGGAUACCAUGUAU